AUCAGUAUCUGCUUCACUCGUACUCGCAGUGUGUUGUUGUGAAGUGGUUAUUCAUCAGCCCUUUCCCGUAAUAUUUUACUGCGCAGCUUGAAAGGGAAAAGUUAUUGUGAAAUUCAGUUUGUUUGAAACAUUGUGCAUUCGCGAACGAAAACAAUGGCAGCGUUGCAGAGAAGUUUCAACUCGUUGCUAAAGCUCCGUCGCACCCAGAGUGUGCCGGUUGCCCUGUACCACGCAAACGUUCUGGACCACUACGAGAACCCCCGGAAUGUGGGCUCGCUGGACAAGAAGGACAAAACCGUCGGAACGGGACUGGUCGGCGCUCCGGCUUGCGGUGACGUCAUGAAGCUGCAAAUCAAGGUCGACGAGGAUGGCAAAAUCAUCGACGCCAAGUUUAAAACCUUCGGAUGCGGAUCGGCCAUAGCCUCCAGCUCCCUUGCCACCGAAUGGGUAAAGGGCAAAACUUUGGACGAAGCGAAGAAACUCAAGAACACGGACAUUGCGAAGGAGCUGUCGUUGCCGCCGGUCAAACUGCACUGUUCGAUGCUGGCCGAGGAUGCCAUCAAGGCGGCUCUUGAGGAUUACAAGAAGAAACAGGACAAGAAAUAGGUCCAUGCUUGUGAAAUUAGUUUUUAGGAUUCUUGUAAAUUGUUGGUUAUAUAAGGAAUGAUAUGGCAGUCAAAGAGAAUUUGUAGAAUAAAGACUCUUCAAAAAUCAAAA